AUGAGAAUACUUUGCAGUAAUGUGACGAUAAAGGUUGCAACAUGGAUAAGUAUUUACAGCAAUGCUAUGAUGAAAAUUAAAGUUAUCGAAAGAGGAGAAGAGUGCAACAAUGAAUGCAGCACUAUUGUGUUAAGCAUUGAUGAUAACUUCGAUAAUGAACUUACAAGGAAUAGAAAAAGCCUAGCGCUCUUCCAUGAUGACAAAAAUUGGCUGCCCACACACAUCCUCUACCUCCUCCCACUUUCUUCCCCCAAACCCUGCCCCCCAUGCGGCUCCAUCGCCGUCCCCUUCCCUCUAAGCACCUCCCCUUCCUGCGGGGAUCCCACAUACUCCAUCCGCUGCGCCUCCAACUCCUCCCUCUUCCUUGACACCCUAUCCUCCUCCUAUCCCAUCUCCUCCAUCUCCCCCUCCUCCCAAUUCCUCACCAUCUCCCUCCUCCCAAUCCCCACAUCCAACUCCGCUUCCUCUUGCUCCGCCUCCGAUACUCCCUCCGGCGGCCUCCUCCUCAACUCAUCCUCCCCCUUCAACAUCUCCUCCGCCAACUCCAUCUUCUUCCUCAACUGUUCCCAAUCCCUUCUCCUAUCCCCUCUCAAUUGCUCCGCCUCCAGCCCCUGUCACACCUACCUCAACUCCUCCUCUGAUUCCGCUGCAGCUGCGUGCAGGGGAUCGCCGAUCUGCUGCGAGUUCCAAGCCGGAGGAUCUUCCACGGCCUACGCGCUUAGAACGAACCCUACGGGAUGUAGCGCGUAUCGGAGCUUCGUGGAUUUGGAUACAGGCAGCACGCCGGUGGAGGAGUGGGGCAGGAAGGAAGGGGUUGCGCUCGCUUGGGUCAGUCCGCGGGAGCCGGUCUGCGGGAGCCAGGCCGACUGCGAGGAUGGAGCGAAUGCUACGUGUGCCGUGGAUCCGCAAUCUUCUGCUGGAUCGACGGUCAGGAGGUGCUUCUGCAAUGAAGGGUUCCGGUGGGAUUCAAUCGCCGGCUCAUGUGCCUAUAACAUCACGGGUUGCACGGAUUGCAGUAGCUCCAAGAAUCAUGCUCCUCUAAUUGCAGGUCUCAUCUCCGGCCUCAGCGCGGCGGCGAUUGUCUCUGCGGCCGGCUUCUUCUUCUCCCGCCGGCAGCGCCGUAUUCGCCGCGCUCGCGAACGCCUCGCUCGAGAGCGCGAGGAGAUCCUCAACGCCCACAACCCCGGCGGCCGCACCGCCAAAAUCUUCUCCGGCCGCGAGCUCCGCCGCGCCACCUCCAACUUCUCCCGCGAUAACCUCCUCGGCUCCGGCGGCUACGGAGACGUAUACCGUGGCUCUCUCCCCGACGGCACCCCCAUCGCCGUGAAAUGUGCCAAGCUCGGCAGCACCAAAUCCACCGACCAAGUCCUCAACGAGGUCCGCAUUCUCUCCCAAGUCAACCACCGCUCCCUCGUCCGCCUCCUCGGCUGCUGUGUUGACCUCGCGCAGCCUCUCAUGGUCUAUGAGUUUAUACCAAAUGGAACCCUUUUUCACCAUCUCUCAAAGGGCAGCCUUUCGUGGCGCCUGCGGCUUUCCAUCGGGCAUCAGACGGCGGAGGGGCUCGCUUAUCUUCAUUCCUCCGCCGUGCCGCCGAUUUACCACCGGGAUGUGAAGUCCAGUAAUAUAUUGCUUGAUGAGAAGCUGAAUGCCAAGGUGGCGGAUUUCGGGCUUUCACGGCUGGCGGAGGCUGAUCUCAGCCAUGUCACCACCUGCGCUCAGGGAACUUUGGGGUACCUCGAUCCGGAAUACUACAGGAACUAUCAGCUCACAGAUAAAAGCGAUGUUUACAGCUUUGGAGUAGUCCUGCUGGAGCUGCUUACAUCAAAGAAAGCCAUUGAUUUUGGUCGCGGCCCCGAAGAUGCUAAUCUGGCAGUCUACGUUCAACAGAGGGUGGAUGAUGAACGGCUUAUGGAUGUGGUGGAUGAGAAGUUGAAGAGUGGAGCGAGCCAAGUUCAGCUGGACUCAAUGAAAGCUUUGGGGUUCUUAGCCAUGGGGUGCUUGGAGGAGAAGAGGCAGAACCGUCCCUCCAUGAAGGAGGUGUCGGAGGAAAUUGAGUACAUUAUAAACAUUGUCGAUGGAAGUGUUGCCGGAAACAAUCAAGAUGAGGCUAAUUUGAAGGACUUGUACUAGCAAAUGAUUUGAAUUGGUUGGUUUGGUGUCUUUUUGUAAUAUGUGAGUUUGUUUUCUUAUAGUUGCGUGAGUGAUGUUGGAUGUAAUUGGAAGUUUGUAUGUUAGAUUAUAUGAUAGUUGAAUGUAAAUCUGUCUGAUGAACCGUGCCCAAUGAAUAGAAAGUUGGACCGAUGAGAGUGGUCGAGAGAAGGAGAGAAAUGGGAGAGAGAGGAGAAGGA